GACUUCGUGCUCUGGCUCAACAAUGCCAGCCAUGUGACGCUCCUCGUGCGGCCGGGGAAUGCCGAGGACGCCCCCGUGAUCGCAGCUUUGGGUGCAGCUGCUGCCAUUGGCCUGGGCAGCGAGGCAUUCGUGGCCUCCAAGCCCGUCCAGGCCGAGAGCUCACCAGCCUUGAGGGGUGCUGGAGCUGCAGCUGCAGCAUCUACCUGGGGAGCUUCAAGCAGGACCCUGGCCGCCGGAGCAGUGGCUACUGCUGCGGUGGUAGGAGACAACCCAAACAACCGAAACACCGAGCCGGCAUCGGAAAUCCAACAGGUGAAGAAGAAAGGCGUGCGUGUGGUCGAGGGCAAGGAGAUCCCCUGGAACCUCUUCAGCCCCAAGGCGCCUUAUGAGGGCAGCUGCUUGUCCAAGGAGACCAUCACCAGCAAGACACCCUUGGUGAACUGGGAGACGUGCCAUGUGAUCAUGGACCACGGCGGCAAGGUGCCGUACAUCGAGGGCCAAUCCAUCGGAGUAAUCGCCCCGGGCCCGGACAAGAAGGGCGAGACCCCAGCAAAGAUCCGCUUGUACUCCAUCGUGGCCGGCCGUGGCUGGUGCGAGUACUCGAACGUCGAGAAGGGAAAGGAUCUUGAGUUCCCGGACGCAGAGAAGGUCUAUCGCGGAGUUUGCUCCAGCCACAUCUGCGAUCUGAAUGCCGGCGAUGACGUUCUUAUCACAGGCCCAACAGGAGCCGAGAUGCUGUUGCCGGAAGAUCCCGAGGCGAACAUGAUCUUCAUGGCCACCGGAACCGGCAUCGCACCCUUCCGAUCCCACCUGCGCAACCUUUUCCACGACAAGGUCUCGAAGGGCAAGUUCAACGGCUGUGCCUGGCUGUUCUUGGGAGUUCCCUACAGCGAGUCCUUGCUCUAUGACGAAGAGUGGAAGGAGAUGCAGGCCGAGUUCCCAGACCAGUUCCGCUACGACUACGCGAUCUCGAGCGAGGAGAAGUCGGAGAAGAACAAAAUAAACGGAGAGAUGUGGGUGCAGCACAAGAUGAUGGAGUACGGUGAGGAUCUGUGGCAGUUGGUCAAGGACAGCGCAGCUGAGGCGGUACGAAGCACGAAAAAAGUUCCAGAACUUGUCCACAAGUCGUCAUUGUCGCAGGAUCCCAAAACGCACAUCUACAUGUGCGGCCUCAAGGGCAUGGAGAGUGGCUUCGCGGAGUGCUUCCAGGAGCUGACGGCAAGUCGCCUCGAACUUCUGAGUUUUCUGUUGCAGGCAUUUUGCCAUAUAGCACGUGGGCUACAGGAGAAGGUUGAAGCAGAGGGCAUGGUCUACACGGAGUUCUUGAAGGGGAUGAAGAAAGCCAAGCGCUCCCCGACAAAGAACAGCUCAAGUGCGCGGCUAGCGCGGCCCGGGCAGACCGGUGAUGCCAUCUCCGUGAGCUUCGAGACUCUAAGUUACGUCCAAAGCGUUGGCGGUCCUCCAAAGAGAGUGGCGCCGGAGUUUGACCAAUUAGCCUUCAGGCAGUCAAAGGUGAUAAGGUACGAAAACAUGGGUCUUCUGACACUGGCCUGGGUGACCUUUGCGACUCUCGUCUUCGGGGGAACGCAAGAGGAUCACUUCUCACCUGCCUUGGCGAGCGACGACGAGUGCCUUGGGGCGCCCAGCGAGGCCUGCCAUCUCAAUGCCCUUCAACGACGGGUACUGAAGGUGCCCAACGCCUCGAAUAGCUCCGGUGUCGCUGCCAGUGUGCCACCCCUUCCAACACCGCCACCAGUGCCCUCUUCGUCCUCGGUGUUGCCGACCACCACGCCACAAGCGCCAGAAGCUACGGAACCGGUGGCAAACACCACGGGGCCUCUGCCUGCAGGGCCUGCAACAACUCCGCCGCCGGUCUCGGUCUGCUUGGCUGGUCAGGAGAUCCCCUUCUCGAACCGGAAGCCUGGGAACGAGUGCGUUGCCAGCAAGCUCGGCGAUGAAUGUAGCUACCAGUGCAACGAGGGAUACAUCGCCGUUGGACGACACGUUUGCCAGACGAUCGUCAUCCAGAACCAGGUCUGGAAAGACAAGUCUUUCUUCGGUGGCAAUUGCUGGAGACUCUGUGCUGCCACGUCUGGGCCAUGCCCUGCGGGCCAAGUGCCUCUCCGGGUGAACACGACCGACGACCUCGGCCCCUGCAUGCAGACGCUCUGCAAGACAGAGGACGAUGCUUUCAAGAACCUGGCGCGAGGUAACUACGAAGUCUGGCGACGAUCCCGCAACGAUUAUUCAGGCUGCUACACGGAUCAUAUCGAUCUCGACACUGGCAAGGCAAAGUUGGGCUCUUCGGACACCACUGGGAUGGGUCUCAUCAUGGAGUGCGUGGCACACUCCAUGGGCUGGAUAUCGGAUCAGGACUUGCUGGAGCGCGUGAACCUGACGCUCUCCUCUUAUGCAAACAUCCCACCCCCUGCAAAAGCCGGCAUGUCGUGGAACUUCACCCGCGGGCCAAAGGGCUGGGUGCCACGCUACUUCGAGGAGUCGACUGGUGCCUUGCUGGCAGAGGCGGGCGACAAAGUAGACGGUGUGUGGUCAGUGAUGUCAACUGGCCUCUUCUACGUUGGAGUGAUGUUUGUGCAGACAUACGUGCUGAACCAUUGGGUGAGGCGUUCGGACACAACUGGCAUGAUCGCGAGGCUGACGGAGAAGCUCAUGGAUAUGGUGGACUGGCACAGCAUGCUUUGCCUGCAGGCCUUCGCUUCACCGGAUGUUGUGGAGGGAUACAAUGGCACGGGCAUCCCCAUGCUGAUGAACAACAAGGGCCUGUGUACCGGAAUCUCUUGGCCAGAGGCUGACGGGUACUAUCCCUUUACCGAAGAGAUCACAGCCGCAUGGCUGGCCGACCGAAGAGUUUGCGGACAUCGUGGCCAGGAGAAUUGCUCGAUGCCGGCUAUUCAUACGAUGUGGAAUAAAGUUGUCGGUCGUGCCCUUCAUCCGAAUCUUGAGAUAUUUGGUCACCCCUUGCUCUCCGACUGGUCGUCCUAUGUGGUUCAGAUACCAUACUACACUACGCAUCCAGUGAAUUCUUUUCCAGCCUUUCAGAAGAUGUUUAAGGAUGGCUGGCUUGCCGACUGGGCUGACUACAACAGCAGUGUCUUCUACGGCGGCUCUGACCGCUAUGGGAUGGGAGCUGGGCCCGACAUCAUGUGGUGUUCAGGCAAAGACUACAAUGCGGACAUGUACACAAACAACACCGCAAAGGGAGAUUGCCGCACCUGGAGCCCGGAGGCCGUCGCUGGCUGGUUGCCUGCAUCUCCCGAGGUCAUCAAGGGGCACCUCCUGAGCAUGAUGGCAAACGGGGAAUCGGUUCUCCCGGUCCCCGGAACGGACUACCACAUCCUCUGGCGCAAGGCAAUGGUGGAUCCUGGCAAGAACUGGUCAAACUACGUGACGCUGAUUGACCUCAGCACCGAGCUCCUUGGUCUGAGCACCAUAUGGCUGGGAGCAGACUGGUACAGAAACAACACCAACCACUUCACCAGCAGCCGCGGGUACAUACCUGAAGUGCCGAUAUAG